CCCCAACUCCAAGUCAGUCUCAUUCGGAACUUCGAUCUGUGAACACAAAAUAAAAAUUGAAAGUGAGCCAAAAACAAGAAAGCUGAACAAAAAUAGAAGCAAAAUUUGUAUAAAUUGGGACAGUGUGUUUGUACACUAGUUUUUCACUUUUGGAAAAAAGCUAGUAAAGAUAUAAAAAAUUGUUUUUGCUAAAUAUGGUUGAAGACGCCAUAGCUCGGUUGAGGAGGGAGCGGCAGCAGUGGCAGCGGAGCCGUCUCAAGGGAUACGAGGCCCAGCCGCAGAGGAACAAGGACGGCACCCUCAACUACAUGGUGUGGGACUGCGGGGUGCCCGGCGAGAAGGGCACCCCCUGGGAGGGCGGCGUCUACUGGAUGGAGGUGACCUUCAGCAAGGACUACCCCCAGAGGCCGCCGGUGUGCAAGUUCGUGCCCACCGUCCUGCAUCCGAACGUCUAUCCGUCGGGAAUCGUGUGCCACUCGGUCCUGGCCGAGGACUGGCGCCCCGGCAUCACCCUCAAGUCCUUGCUGACGUGCAUCCAGGAGCUGCUCUACAUGCCCAACAUGCAGGAGCCCGUCAUGAGGAGGGCCUACAACCUGCUCAAGCGGCGCCCCCAGGAGUACAACAAGAUCGUCCGCGCCCAGGCCCGCGACAUGUCCCCCACAUGCGAUUCCUCCUCAGACUGGGACUGAGGACUGGACUGGCCUGGACUGGGAACUGGCGACUGGGCACUAGGAGACUGGUCCUUCGCUGCCGGCUUCUGCAGCUCCUAUGGGAAGGAAGCGGAUACUACACUGAACAAGCCGUACACAAGUGGACAAAACUUUACACAAAACCUUUCGGCCUCCAAAUCGAGUGUAGCCCAAGGUGUCUUUAAUCUCCAGGAGUGCAAAUUCGAAAGUAAUAAUAAGAACGUACGAAUCUCA